AUCCCAUGCACUUUUAAGGUCAAACUUUUCAUUUUAGUUCACCAAUUUUCGAUAGAAUCUCAAUUCAAGCAAAAAACAGCGAUUUGUCGUACAAUACUGAAUCGGCAAAGCGCAAACACAAAACAAAACACUUUUCGACGCGACGAAUGUCAAACACAGGUAAACAGACCAAAAUUUUCACUGAUAACACGUAUUUAUGUGGUGACAACGACUCAGAGAAGUGCUCGGCAUCUGAAUCACUCCGCGGUGGUGAUUAAACAUUUUCCAAGAUUUACAACACCUUCUCAGAGGUCGCAAAUCCUAAACUUAAUAGCCCUCGGACGGUGAAUCACAACACACAGAAUGGGCCAGCAGGUGUCCAGCUUGCCGCAGAAAAUCCUUCCGAACGAUACGGUCGAUUCGCUGCAGUUCGAGAUCAAAAAGCAGGCGCAGAUCUUCUCGGAAAUUGGCAGCCUCAGCUACGAGGACUUCCAGAAGUGUCUGGCUGAUCUGAACAGUUUAUCCCGCAAAUGUCUGGAUCCCAACGGCAAACAGCUGGUCUUCGCCGUCAAGAAGGGCACCGACAGCAGCGUCCUCUGGAAGGGCACGGUACGCAUAGCGUGCGUCAAGGUCGAUCCCGCCACCAAAAAGGUCGAAUGCUACAAGCUGCUGAAUCUGAAGCAAUUCCUGCAGGUAUUCCGUACCUUCCAAACCAACCUGCACGCGAUGGUCACCGUUGAGACGCAACGGAUCCGCAGUCCCACCUCUAGUCCAACCCAUUCCAGUUCCACCUCGACCACGACCACCAACACCAACGGACGCAAUGGGAGCUCGUCGAGCGGAGCGGGUUCAUUCGAGCGACCGGACAUCAGCCCACAAACGCCAAAUUCGUUUGUGUUUCCACAGGGCCCGACGACGACGGCAUCGAUGCUGAUGGAACAGGUCGAUGCCAUCAGUGGUGGUGGCGGCAUCGGGUUCAGCUGUGACGAUUCCAACGGAGCCAUCGGAGGAGGUGGCAUCGAGUGCAACGAAUGCUGUAUCUGUUUGGAGCGGAAGCCGGAGGUUUCGCUUCCGUGUGCUCACAGCUACUGCACACCUUGCAUUGAACAGUGGAACAUACACCAGAAGAAGUGUCCGAUAUGCGACGAGGAACUGGCCAGCACCGACGACACUUGGGUUCUGUCCGAGAUGCCCGAGGCCGAGGAGAUCAGCGAAGAGAUAUGCGUCACGCUGAUGAAGUUGUCGGUCGAUGAGCGCAAAAAGUGAACGCCAGAUGGAUGUUGCGAAAGAAGAAUAUUACCGUUUUGAUUUUCGCCUCUGGGAAUGAGUACCUGCAAAAUCGCGUGUGGAGAGAAUGUUUUGGGAGUUAAUGGCCAUGAUGCGCUGGCUGCGGCCAUCAAGCUAUUGAUCAUUGUAAUGAGCUGUGCGAAUCAUAGAUCCACAGACAAACAGACGUAACACUUCGAACAUUUUUCGAUUCAAGUCAUAGUCACGAAAACAUAUUCGCCCAAUGCUAAAAGGUCUAUGUUUGGCCGACCACCAACACGAAAAGAAAUUUAAUUAUGUUAUUUAUAAGGAUUGAUUCAUCUUUUUUAUUAGAUGCGUCCUAAUUGCUUCUAUAACAUCCACCCAUUCAAAGCUAUAACAUUUCCUUAUAUCAUGUAUAAGUUUUGUGUUAUGGCGAAAAAGUAUUAGUUUAAACUAAUAUAUUAAUUAAGGUCUUGCUUUGAAAAUUCGCUCCACUACAAACAAACGGCGCCGUCGUGUUCAAUGUAAGAAGCCAUUGUUGCUCUCGUGUGGUUUCGGCACAGAAGUGUUUUUUGCCGUUUUUGUGCAAUUCUCAGCUGGAAGCGCUUGCGGAUUACGGUAGGUAUUAAACCAUAAACAAAUAAAAAUGUUUGCAGCAGCUUACAUAACUUCUCUCUUUUACAGAGUACCCCUGGAGCCAUGACCACAUUAUCUGGAAAACGGCACGGUCACAAUCGAGGUCCCAAGAAGUUCUCCAGGAUGCCAUCGGAAAGCUCUGUCCGGAGCGUUUAUUCAAGAUCCUCGGUUCCGGGAGUAGGAACAAACUACAGCUCCACACGCAGCAGCUCUGGAGAUGUUGCUCGGAAGAUCUCGGGCGGGAUCUUGGGAGGAGCUCAACCCAACGAUCAACCUUUCAGCGAACAUGAGCGGACGUGCUGGCCAAUGAGGAACAGCUUCGGAAGUUAUUUUGAGAGCAGCGUAAUCGAUACAGGUCCAUUGCAGUAUUUCAAAUUAUAAAAUAAAAUAAUUAUGUCAGAAUCAGCAUCUGAGUCACAGUUUAUUCAACUUUCAUUUUUGCUCAAAAAAUAAAAAAAAAUAAUAAUAAGGAUUUAGUCAAAACAUACGGUAAUUAAAUUCAUUAGAUUUUACCCAUACAUGGCAUAACAUUCGUAAUACCAGUUAUUAGAAAUAGCGAAUGAAAUUCAUAAGUUGAACUUAUACAUUUUAUUAACUGUGUGUUAUGCCUCAUAUUACACUCUCAGAUGAGCUUUAUGAGGAAAACGAAAUGGCAAAAAUGUAUAACAUUUUCUUAUACAAUCAAUGAGGAUUUUUCUUUUCGUGAACUAGGUGGCGGUAGUGAGCAAACGUCAAACUCGAACAAAAACGAUGCGAGCGCACGGUUGGGCAGUUGGCCAACUAUCAAGUUUUGAAAAAGACCGUUAAAUCGGUGUACGAUGUGAAUUAUCAGAGUGUUACGUCUGUUUGUCUGUGAUAGAUCUAUUAGGUUUGUUUUAGAAAACUAUUGUUUGAUAUCUUUUAUUCAAUAAGGAUUUGACAAUUUCUCAUGCGACAUAAGAUAAACAAACAAUCUCUAACCAAAACACAUAUAUAAUGAUUUAAUCAUUCUGCAAGAUGAUUGGAUGCCGUAUUAAUGCUUGAAAUAUACAUAUAUAAAUGUAAA